CACAUGACUCCCGUCAGCUGACAAAAGUCGCCCGCUUCUCACAAGCGUUAACUUGCUCAGUCAUUGUUGUGCUCGUGUUUUGUAGCAUUACCAGAAGCACAAUGAGGUCGUUUUACCUGCUUCUCUUCUCGGCGUUAGCCCUGACAAACGACGCCAUUGUGAGGAUUCCCUUAAAGAAAUUCCGCUCCAUCAGGCGCGAGUUGACAGACUCUGGGAAACGUGCAGAGGAGCUUCAGGUCGACACGCACUCCCUGAAGUACAACACUGGCUUCCCCUCCAGUAGUGGACCCACUCCGGAGACCCUGAAGAACUACCUGGAUGCCCAGUAUUAUGGUGACAUCAGCCUGGGAACCCCCCCUCAACCCUUCACGGUGGUCUUCGACACCGGUUCCUCCAACCUGUGGGUGCCCUCGGUCCACUGCUCCCUCCUAGACAUCGCUUGCCUGCUGCACAACAAAUAUAAUUCCGACAAGUCCAGCACGUACGUGAAGAACGGCACUUCCUUCGCCAUCCAGUACGGAAGCGGCAGUUUGUCGGGCUACCUCAGUCAGGACACGUGCACCGUGGGAGAUUUAGCCGUGCAGAACCAGCUCUUCGGGGAAGCAAUCAAGCAACCCGGCGUGGCAUUUAUCGCCGCCAAGUUCGACGGGAUCCUCGGUAUGGCCUACCCGCGCAUCUCGGUGGAUGGCGUGGCGCCGGUCUUUGACAACAUCAUGCAGCAGAAGAAGGUGGAGAAGAACGAGUUCUCCUUCUAUCUGAACAGGAACCCAGACACCCAGCCCGGUGGUGAGCUGCUGCUGGGAGGAACGGAUCCCAAGUACUACACUGGCGAUUUCAGCUACGUCAACGUAACCCGCCAGGCCUACUGGCAGAUCCGCAUGGACACGUUGCAGGUGGGCAGCCAGCUGAGUUUAUGUAAAGGUGGCUGUGAAGCCAUCGUGGACACGGGCACCUCUCUCAUCACAGGCCCGGCUGCGGAGGUCAAGGCUCUGCAGAAAGCCAUCGGGGCCAUUCCGCUCAUCCAGGGAGAGUACAUGGUGAACUGUGAGAAGAUCCCAACCCUGCCCGUGAUCACCUUCAACGUGGGCGGCAAUUCCUACAAGCUGACCGGAGACCAGUAUGUCCUCAAGGAAAGCCAAGCGGGAAAGACCAUCUGUCUGAGUGGGUUCAUGGGUCUGGACAUCCCACCCCCAGCAGGUCCCCUGUGGAUUCUGGGAGACGUCUUCAUCGGGCAGUAUUACACCGUGUUCGAUCGGGAGAACAACCGAGUGGGGUUUGCUAAGUCCAAAUGAGCACGUACGGUCAUAAACACGCCUCAUGUUUUUAUUCUAUAUUUUCAUCGGGCAACGCUAAAGAAAUAACACUUUGAUAAAAUGGAAAUUCAUCAGCGUACAGCUACAAUAUCAUAAAAAAAAAUUCAGAAAUAUGAGUACUCCCUCACGUGAGGUAGUGUACAUGCUGCAGUGGUAUACUAUAUAUAUAUAUAUAUAUAUAUAUAUAUACCACACAAAAAGUCUGUGCAGUGCACAUUGUGUUGCUUUGCAAUCAAACUAUUGCGCAAUAGGUGUUUUUGUUGACAUGCACUCCACUGAAAAGGUACGUAAAGCGACAAAAUAAUUAACGUGCGCUGAUUGAGCAAGUGGCUGUAUUUUGUUUUUGUUUUUUUUUUUUAAAAAAACAACCUCUUUCGUGAUCUGUUUUGGUUCUUUUUUCCUUUUUAAAUCAGGGAUUGGAUUAGGCGUUUCAAUGACUAUUUUAGGCAUUGUGAUUGGCUGAAAUAAAUGCUAUUCAAACAA